AUGUAUGUAUUUAUCUAUCUGUCUGUUCAUAUUUUUCUAUAUAUCUAUCUCAAACUGUUCAUAUCUAUCUAUCUAUCUAUCUAUCUAUGUAUCUAUCUAAAUCUUCUGUUCAAAUCUAUCUAUCUAUCUAUCUAUCUAUCUAUCUAUCUAUCUAUCGCUGUCUGUUCAUAUCUAUCUAACUAUCUAUCUAUCUAUCUAUCUAUCUAUCUAUCUAUGUCUGUUCAUAUCUAUCUAUCUAUAUAUCUCAUUCUAUUCAUAUCUAUCUAUCGAUUUCAUUCUCUUCAUAUCUAUCUAUCAAUCUAUCUAUCUAAUUCUAUUCAUAUCUAUCUAUCUAUUUUAGUAUCUAUCCAACUUUUACGUGCAGAACGGCGUAUUCAUCUAUCUAUCUAUCUAUCUAUCUAUCUAUCUAUCUAUCUAUCUAUCUAUCUAUCUAUCUAUCUAUCUCAGUCUUGCAUCUGUCUCCCUGUCUCUGUCUCUCUCUCUCUAUCUAUCUUUAACAGUCUGUUUAUUAUCUAUCAAUUUACCUAUCACCCCUCGUUAUUAUCUAUCUAUCUAUCUAUCUAUCUAUCUAUCUAUCUAUCUAUCUAUCUAUCUAUCUAUCUAUCUAUCUACCAUAGUAUGUUUAUUAUCUAUCUAUCUAUCUAUCUAUCUAUCUAUCUAUCUAUCUAUCUAUCUAUCUAUCUCUAUCGCAGUCUCUCUGUUUAUUAUCUAUCACUUUACCUAUCACCCAUCGUUAUCUAUCUAUCUAUCUAUCUAUCUAUCUAUCUAUCUAUCUAUCUACCACAGUCUGUUUAUUAUCUAUCACUCUAUCUACCCCCUGUCUAUGAAUCUAUCUAUCACAUUCUGUUAAUUAUCUAUCUAUCUAUGUAUCUAUCUCAUUCUGUUCAAAUCUAUCUAUCUAUCUAUCUAUCUAUCUAUCUAUCUAUCUAUCUAUCUAUCUAUCUAUCUAUCUAUCUCAUUCUGUUCAUAUCUAUCUAUCUAUCUAUCUAUCUAUCUAUCUAUCUAUCUAUCUAUCUAUGUCUGUUCCUUCCUAUCUAUCUAUCUAUCUAUCUAUCUAUCUAUCUAUCAUAG